GUGUAAGGAAACAAAAAGAGCGUCCAGAGCGUUGUGUGGGGAGGGCGAGGGGUCCGCCGAGGCGAGGGCCGCAGCACAGCCCUGCGUCAUGGCGCUGCUCUGCGCGGCUCUUCUGCCUCGGUAGCUGUCAUGGCGGCCACCGGAAGCGGAAGUGACGUGUCACGUGGCGCCAUCUCUCCUUCCGCAGGCGGCGGUGGGCGGGAGAGCUGUGCUUCCCCUCCCCAGGAUGCUGUCGCAGGGCAGGCGGCUGCUGCAGCCGCUGUUCAGGGGCCGCCUGCUGCUGCUGACCAACACCGUGAGCUGCGGCACGCUGCUGGCGGCCGGCGAUGCCCUGCAGCAGUUCUGGCAGCUCCGCCGGGAGCCCCAGGCCCGGUGUCAGCACGCACGCACAGGACGAAUGUUUGCCGUGGGCUGCAGCAUGGGCCCCAUGUUGCACUUCUGGUACCUGUGGUUGGACAACGCCUUCCCGGCGCGGGGGAUGAGGACGGUGCUGAAGAAAGUGCUCAUCGACCAGGUGGUGGUGUCACCCAUCCUGGGAGUCUGGUAUUUCCUGGGCAUGGGCACGCUGGAGGGCCACAGCCUGGAGGAGAGCUGGCAGGAGCUGAAGGAGAAGUUCUGGGAGUUCUACAAGUAUGACUGGUGCGUGUGGCCGACGGCGCAGUUCUUCAAUUUCCAAUUUGUGCCACCUAUGUACCGGGUGGCCUAUGUCAACACGGUGACGCUGGGCUGGGACACUUACCUCUCCUACCUGAAGCACAGGCCCAACCAAAGCCCUGGUGCCGAGAAGCAGCGCAAUGCUGGGAUAUGACAGGGCUGCUCCCAAAGACCCCAACGUUUUUGGGAGCUCCUGCCCACUGCUGUGACCUCACUGCAGGGCCUGGCAGCCUGCGCACAUCCUGCUGAUUAACUCAUCUGCUGAUUGCAAUUAGGGUGCUGGGGUUGUUGAAUCCGCUUGUGAAGAUGCUGCUUUCUCUAUAUUCCAGUGUGGGGAGCAGCGUUUGACUUCAGUCUGUAUCCCCUGCUGCCACUCCCUCCCCAUGCACACACGUUUCCAGGGGCCCUUUGCCUUUGGGUUUCAGCACUGUUGGUGGCUCUGGGAGUGGCUGCCACUGCAUCCACCAUGGCAGCAUCCGUGGUGCCGAGGUGACAAAUGCAACCCUUGCCCCCCAGGCACUGAGCAGCACUGCCCCCAACAUGGGACCUUAUUCUUUCCAGCCUCCACGUGCCUCAAACCAUCCCCUAAUGCCCCAGUCGUGCCUCCCAGCCCCCCCCGGUAGCACAGGUCCUUUCUGCUUGAAAUCAGCCGCUGGCACCUGGAAGAACUGAGAGCCUCUCCUGAUCAGCAUUGAUUUAUUUCUUCACAACAUUUCUUUAAUACAGUGAUUUUUAGGAAAUUGUACUCUUUUUGACACUUUUGACAUUUGUACAGUACAGUGUAACUCUUCCAUAAGUAAACUUCACAAAAAAUAGGAAAAAGGGGGAAAGGGAGGAACACGGGACCGCAGGGAGAGGGAGGGGGAGGGAAAAACCUGUAAAAUAAAGACACAGCGCUCCAGGAGAAAUAAAUAGGGGGAUGCAAGACCUCCAGGGCAGUCAUUGCUAUAGCAAUAUCCACGUAUUCACAGUCUCACAGAAGCACGUCGCUAUACGGGCACACAGGAG